AUGUCGUAUCUCACACAGCUCUUGCCUCCCCACCCAGAACAGCCGGUGGUGGUGGAUCUGGCCACCAAGUUUGUCCAUGUCUCGACCAACAAGUCGAAACAUGCGAUUCACGCCCUCAAAUGGACGCCCGACGCGCGCAGAGUGCUCAUCUCGUCCCAUUCUGGAGAAUUCACCAUUUGGAACGGUUUGACAUUCAACUUCGAGUCCAUCAUGCAGGCCCAUGAUUCGCCCAUUUUCGCUCUUCAGUACAGCCACAACGGCGACUGGCUUUUGAGCGCAGACCAGAUUGGAUGCGUCAAGUUCUGGCAGCCAAAUUUCAACAACGUUAAUAUUCUUCCAAAGGCCCAUGACAACGCUAUUCAGGACAUUGUGUUUUCUCCAAACGACUCCAAGUUUGUUAGCUGUUCCGACGACCUCACGCUCAAGAUCUGGAACUUCAACACCGCUACCGAAGAAAGAACUUUGAAGGGUCACCAUUGGGACGUUAAGGCCUGCGACUGGCACCCAAACCUCGGCCUUAUAGUAAGCGGAUCAAAAGAUAAUCUGGUCAAGUUCUGGGACCCUCGAGACGGAAAGUGUAUCUCCACCGUUCACGACUUCAAACAUACUGUCACCAAAGUUAGGUUCCAGCCCAACGGAAACCAAAGACUCCUGGCUGCCUGUUCCAGAGACCAUUCCACAAGAAUCUUUGACAUUAGACUCAUGAAAACUAUCAACGUCAUCAGAUCCACAGAUGACGUCGACCUCACCUCUGUCACAUGGCAUCCGGUUCAUUCAGCCUCGCUCACUAUUGGAGGAUACGACGGGUCUUUGUCCUCCUACGAUCUGUCCAAAGAACUGAACCAGGACCUCGUCUUCAACAGAGAAAAACAGCCUGCCACCACCACCUCUCCUCUGCACCGUAUACCAUACGCCCACGACAAAGCCAUUCACGACCUCCAGUACCACCCGCUCGGCCACGUUCUUUGCACGGCAGGCGCAGACAAGUCGAUGCGGUUCUGGUGUCGUUCCAGACCAAACGAUCCUCUUGCUUUCCAAGACAACGCAUACACAGGAGAAUCCUGGGCCGAAAAACAGCCGUUCUCCAUGGACCAGAACGGAAGAGAGCCGGAAAACAGAUUCCAACCGCCUCCUCCUCCAUCUGGCUUGCCUGGUCUUCCAGGAUUGCCUGGGUUGCCUGGACUACAAGGGGUUAGCUCUCUUCCAAGUAUUCCUGGAAUGACAAAUAGAUAA